AUGUCUUUCAUCCACUUUUCCACCUCUUCCAACCCCACACAUACCAAACACCUUCAGUACGCCGACCCCGCCCCCUCAACGCAUUCUAUCGCACCCGUGUCUAACAAGUCAACAGCAAUGUCUGCACCCAACGCCGGCCGUCAGUCCCCCGAGCCCGAGAACCAGAGCUCCAAGCAGCAAGCCGCCCCUACCGCCGGCAACCCCAACCAGCAGGGCGCCGAGCCCAACGAGGGCUCCAAGCAGGCCUCGGACAACCAGAAGGACGGCCUCAGCAGCAACCCCACCGGUCCCCUCGACCAGGCUGCCAAGGACAAGACCUCCAAGUCGACCUAG